CAGAAGGAUGCCUCCCUCGCGCCCUCUCCCUCGCCCACACACCGUCACGGACCCAGAAGAAUGCGCGCGCUGAGCAGGGGCGUCACAGUAGUUCACGCGCAGCGGCAGAGCGUGGGCGCAGUUUUGGACUAUGGCGCAAAAAAGACCUCGGACCGAACGUGAAAGUGUCUAAGUUUAUAAAAUGGUUGCUAUUUAUUGAGUGGUAGUUUUCUUUAUAACAACUACAAGACGAGCGAAAAGGGAUUCGUGUUCCCAAGAGCAUGAAACCAACGUCAUCUCUAAAGUAAUUUGGAGCCACCGUCACAUAAGGAGAUGUAUACCCGGGAUGAGGUGCUGACAUGUCCCGCAGGACAGAUUUGAUCCCUCAUCGUCUCCUCAUCCCUACAACAGGAUUUUAAUGGUUGGAACGAUCCGUCCCAGAAUCCACUACUGCCACCAGAGACACAGUCUGGUUAUCACUGGAGCCAUGGGAGCAGUAAGAGUCAACAGAUACAGCAUCGUAUCCACAGACGACGACACCCUGAAGAUCUCCAGCCUGGGUCUCCACAACGGCCACGGGCCCCUCGCACAGCAGACCCUGGCUGGGGCCCGGGGCAGGAGCGAGGCAGGAGGAGGAGCAGUAGCAGGCGGGGGGGUGCUGGACGAGGAGGAGGGGGGCGGAGACGGCGACGGAGGAGGAGGAGGAGGAGGGGGGGUCAUAUCCCUGAGAGCGGCCAGCGAGCCGGUCCUGUACAACGGGCGGCGGCCCUCCCCCUCGCGGCGGCUGGGCGUGGACCUGGCCAUGGGCUGGGGCCUGCACAAGGGCCGCCUGCGCAGCCGCUUCGUCAGGAAGAACGGCCAGUGCAACGUGGUCUUCAACAACAUGGAGGACAAGCCGCGGCGCUACCUGGCCGACAUCUUCACCACCUGCGUGGACAUCCGCUGGCGCUACAUGUUCCUCAUCUUCACCACCACCUUCCUCCUCUCCUGGCUGCUGUUCGGCCUGGUGUUCUGGGGCGUGGCGUUGGCGCACGGGGACUUUGACCUCCGGCUGACCCCGGGGGGGGCGGGGCAGCCCGCCGAGGUCACGCCGGGCGGCCCCGAGUGGCGGCCCUGCAUCCUCCACGUGCAGGGCUUCAUCGGGGCAUUCCUCUUCUCCAUCGAGACGCAGACCACCAUCGGCUACGGCUUCCGCUGUGUGACGGAGGAGUGCCCGGCCGCCGUGGUGACGGUGGUGGUGCAGUCCAUCGUGGGCUGCAUCAUUGACUCCUUCAUGAUCGGCACCAUCAUGGCCAAGAUGGUGCGGCCCAAGAAGCGCGCGCAGACGCUGCUGUUCUCGCACAACGCCGUGGUGGCGCUGCGCGACGGCAAGCUCUGCCUCAUGUGGCGCAUGGGCAACAUGCGCAAGAGCCACAUCGUGGAGGCGCACGUGCGGGCGCAGCUCAUCCGGCCGCACGUGACGGAGGAGGGCGAGUACCUGCCGCUGGAGCAGAAGGACAUCGACGUGGGCUACGAUGACGGCCUGGACCGCCUCUUCCUGGUGUCGCCGCUGGUGGUGGUGCACGAGAUCAACAAGAACAGCCCGCUGUACUGCCUGAGCCGUGACGAGCUGCAGAGGGACAACUUUGAGAUCGUGGUGAUCCUGGAGGGCAUGGUGGAGGCCACGGCCAUGACCACGCAGGCCCGCAGCUCCUACCUGGCCCGCGAGAUCCUGUGGGGCCACCGCUUCGAGCCGCUGGUGUUCGAGAAGGGCUACCGCUACCACGUGGACUACUCCCGCUUCCACCACACCUACGAGGUGCCCACCACGCCCCUCUGCAGCGCCAAGGAUCUCUACCACAUGCGGGGCCGGGACCCCUGCGCCACCCCCCCCUCCUCCUCCUCCUCCUCCUCCUCCUCCUCUGGCUCGCGCUCCCCGUCGCCGUUCGUGCCGCGGGUCAACCACCGCCUGCUGCCCCCGCACUCGCCCAGCGCCUUCUGCUACGAGAACGAGGUGGCGCUGUGCUGCGGCGACGAGGAGGAGGAGGGGCCGGAGGGGGAGGAGGAGGAGGAGGAGGAGGAGGAGGAGCGGGGACAGGGGCUGCAGGAGGAGAGGCAGGAGCUGAUGCAGGCUAAGAAGGAGGUGGGCUGGAACGACCUGCGUCUGGGCUUCACCGAGCGGUUUGGGGAGGAGCAGGCCGCGGAGGCGCUGUGCGUCCUGGACCUAGAGAGCCAGAUCGACUACGACCGCCUCCAGCCGGCGCUCCCGCUGUACAUCAGCAGGGAGUCCGGGGUGUGAGGACGUGUAGGGACACAGCCGGGUGGGUCAUGUGACUCGCCGGGGCCCCUCUCUGGUUCGUCUGUCGUCGAGUCGUGGCAUUGACAAUACAAGGAAUGGAAGCAAACACCGUUUGGUCGUUUUAUUUAUCAGAGACAUGGGUAUCUCCAGUACAUGUAUUUAAAGUCAAAGAGGUCCAUGUUGUGCUAAAUCGUCCGUCUCCUUAAAAACAUUUACAGCGUUGUAUAUUCCCUUUAAUGUAUAACUUGAUUUUAUUUUGUAAAUACUGUCUAAGGCGUUACAUGUGACCGCAGAUUCAUGUUAUGAAGGAGUUUCAGAGAGUCUUCAAAAGUGUACGGAAGAACAAGGGUCCUAUAUGUCUAAUAUUCCGGUUUGCACACACAUUCUCAGCCUGGGAACAAGACACAUCUCACCAGCUCAUGUUUCAUUUUCUCAGCAGAUAAGCUCUUGCUCCCCUUCAAUACCAAAAGGCUCCUCAAUGAAGUAGACUGAUCAAUCACAAAGGUUUGUCUAAUAUGAGGCAGGAUAAAUACGAUGAUGUGCAGAGGAGUGCCGUACAGGCAUUUCAAAUACAGAUGUCUGCUGCUGAUGUCUAACAGGUUGUUGAUUCCACUUGACAGAGUGUGAAACAAAACUGGAAGGUAGAUUUUCACUAAAAGAGGAAAAAACGCCUGCACUUGAAGCUUUUGCUGAGAAGAAAGAUGUAUUUUGUUACUAUGAUUUAUUGUAGGCCUAUCCAAUUGCGUCCAGAGGCAUUUAGUCUGUUCAGGUUGGUGACGCCCCUUCGAAAUCGAAAAGAACAGACAGGUUCCAGACUAAUGGCAGUUCGCAUUUUGUCUAACGUUGCCAGGCUAACAAAUUCUACUUUCAGAGUUAGGAUGAUGAUGUCUUUUCUUAGGACCUUUGGGAACUCUGUCUUCCUGCUUGAGAUUUGUUUUCUAAAUGAAUUAUACUCAGAAUGAAUCACAUUCCAUAAUACAUAAAUAAAGCAUGACCCAGCCCUUAUUCAAACGAAUAUGUACAGUAACAGGAGCAAACCACUCUAUUCUGUCGUUUCACCAUUAUUCAGACUUUGUAAAA